AUGUCUUCCUCGACUAAUUUUGCUGCAGUGGUGUUUCUAUCCUAUCCAUUGCUAGAUUUUGCCCCAUUUUUCGAAUUUUGUUGCCACAUACUGCCAUGUUCGCUUCCUUCAACUCCACCCACUUCCCCUCAACGAGCCCAGUCUGCUGCGCGUCAAGCCGAGAGAAAUCAACGUAAUCUUGGCUCGCCUCCUGCACGACGUGUACCGCAAAAUGAUCCUGCCCCUGUAGCACCAGAUGCUCCCCAUAUUGAAAUUUAA